GUGACCCGGUUGCAGCACCCUAGCUUCGGCCAAGUUGCCUUCGUGGCAGUUGGCGCCACCCUGGUUGGUUCAGUUGAACUGCUGAAAGAGGUGGGAUCAACCUUUGCCAAAGGAGACUGCUAUGGGUAUUUUCAGUAUGGGGGCUCCACGUGCGUCAUUGUAACCGAGCCUGGCGCUGUUGGAUGGGACCCUGAUUUGCUGGAUGCCUCUGCCCGUGGUAUAGAGCUGCUUGGCUUACACUUAGCUGGCUUCAGGUGGCAUAUUGCAGGUGAAGCUUAUACGCCCCGCAAGAAUCCGCAAGAGGUCUAA